AUGUCUGGAGCACGACACUCUUUUCAAGAAGUCAUACCAGGACUUUUUAUUGGCUCUCAGUUUUCUUUGAGUCUUAUAAAGCAUAUAAAAGCUGCUGGAAUUACACAGCUUCUUUCAGUGAACAAUUUUAAAGAUAUGCCAAGCGGUUUUACAACAAAAACUCUUAAUGUUGAAGAUGAGACUGAUGAGGAUAUUUCAAUAUUUUUUGAAGAGUGCAUUGAAUUUAUUAAAUCAGGGAGCACACUUGUUUUUUGCACUGCUGGAAGAUCAAGAAGCGCAACAAUUGUUGCUGCUUGGUCAACCCCUUUCUGGGUCUAUCCGGGUCUGUGGAUCUAUCUGGCAGUCUGGCAGUCAGCUUCUAUUUGGUAGUCCGGGUCUAUCUGGCUCUACCAGGCUCAAUAGCUCUGGCUCUACUUCAAGUUCUAUAGGGAUUUUUAUGAGUAUUAAUAGUGUUUUGUAACGAGAGCCAUCUAAUAUUAAAUCAAAAUAAAUAUCUUUUAGCCAAAUUCUUUUGCUUAUAUGGCUUAUGCAUUUUUUUAAAAUUACUCUAUAAUAAGUAAUCUUAAUAGUUGAAAAACAGUAAAGGCAUAUAGAUAAAAAAUUUAUAAAAAUUAAAGAAAAUUUUAAUUAUCAAUUUAUAUCUGCUUUUUUUAAACUUACUCCCCCCCCCCCCUCCGUGAGCGAACAAAAAAAUUUUGUUCGCUCACGGAGGGGGGUUAAUUUUUUUUUUUAAAAAAAAUUUAUAUAUAAAUUUUAUAAAAAAUAUUUUUUUCGAAAUUUAAAAAAAUCCUAAUUUGCAAAAAUUGGGAAGCAAAUAUUAAUUUAAUUUGCAAAAUUUAUGUUUUAAAACGCAAUUUGUUUAAAAUUAAACAGAAUUAGCUCUAGAUUUCAUUAUACUAAUUAUCACUUAUAUAUCAAAAUUUUUUUCCAUUAAAAUUUUUUCUAUUAAAAAAAUUUUUGUUCACUCACGGAGGGUGGGUUUUUGGGUCAAAAAAUGGCGAUUUUUCUAAUGGUUUUGUUCGCUCACGGAGGGGGGGGGAGUUAGGAACAAAAUCUUGACAUAUAAAAGCUAAUUAUAUAUUGAAAAACAAUUUAAAUUCAAAAAAAUAAUUGAAAAAUUAUGUGGAUUAUCUACCAUAUUGCUCAGUUGAUCAUUAAUAAAUAAAUCCAUUAAAUUCUUAUUUUAAAUUUUAUUUUGCUCAUUUUUAAAAUAAUUUGUUUAGUAGAGAAGGUAUACAUUGAUGGUAAAACCUCUCAAAUAAUUUUUUCGUCUAAUAUUUUAAAAAGAAUCUAUUUUUUAACUUUUAUUCAGUUAAAAUUUAAUAUUAGUAUUGAAAGUAAAUUCAAUUUUUCUUCUCUUAUUCCCCUUCAAAUCCUACCUUUCUAUAUUAGUUAUAGUAGCAAUUUUGCAAUAUUUAAGCUAAUAAGUAGUAUAUUAUAGUAUAAUAAAAACAUUUUAUAAUAUAAAAAUAUCUUAUCAAUCAAUAUAAAUAAACUUCUCUGAAAAUAUUAAAAUUGGUAAUAUUUUAAAGGAGCAGUAAUAUGCUUCACUUAGAAAAUAAGCGAUGCAAAUUAUUGAGUCUAUAAAUUAAUAAAAUCAAAGUUAUUUAGAGAGUUUACGAAUAUUUACAUCUUUAAAAAAUUUAUAUCUAUUGCUAAAUUUUCAAAAAUUAAUCAAAUUUUCGUUCAAGAUGUGAAAUGAGCCUCUUUUUCUAUAUGGUUAUAAGUUUUCCCUUAUAUAGUCCUGCAAGGGCUGCGGAUUAUGCCCGGAAUCCUUGGUUGGUGGAACCAACUCAGUGCGUUGGUCUGACCAACUCACUUGCUGAUUCCACCAGGCAAUAGUUUAAAAUAUGGCGUCUUCGUCUGGGCAUGGCCUCUCGGCCAUGCAUACUCGACUCAUAUUUUAAUUAUAUCCGGCAAGGUUUUGCCAUUCUGAAGUGAGCAGGAAUGCUAGGUAAGCAAUUCUGGUUGUGUGCAGAGCCUAGCCCAAGCUUGUCUUCGGGGUGGAUUUUACCUCGUAGGUAAAGGUGACAAGUGGUGAAAGGGGAAGCCCAGCAGAGUCCACACGACCCAUCGGGCAACUCCCUAGCGUGAAACCGGGCGUUACGUCCCGGGCUACUUGUAUUUCCUUUUUGCCGAGAGCCUACCAGAAAAUCCAUUUUUUGGAUUUUCGGAAUGGCAACUACGUAAGGCACGGCCAGUAACUCACUCAUGAGUCGUCGAAGUCGGUAACAUCCCUCCAAGCCUGCCCUGGCGAACAAAGCAGGUUGUGCCGGCGGCCUGUGGGCCCGACAGGUGGAAGAGAAGGUGAUAGGUCCGGUUCUUGCUGACCUCCGCGGUGGACGUUAAGCGUAAUAAUUCUAAUGUAAUGAUUCCACCAGGCAAAGGAUUCCGGACAGAAUCUACAGCCCUUACAGAGCUAUAUAAUGGAAUUCCUUAUUCCAACUUCAAAAACAUGAAAUUAAUUUUGCUAGAGCCAAACUGCCAGAGCCAGCUAGAGCCAGACUGCCAAGCUGCCAGACUGUCGAACUGCCAGGUAUAGCUAGACUGCUAGGUAGAGUCAGACUUCCAUAUAUACCCAGCCAUGCUGCUUACCUUAUUAAAGAAAAGAAAAUGAGAUUGAAAGAUGCUCUCAGCACUAUCAACCAAGUGAGAAAGGUUAAUCCAAAUCCUGGAUUUCUAAAGCAGUUGAAGAACUGGGAUAAUAAAUUGCACUGCGAACUAUGCAGACUAGAAAAGAUAUCCGAAUGGUUUUUUGACUGUGAUGAUUUCGCAGUAAUGAUUUGCGAUCAAUGCGAGCUCCCUAUGGCUGUAUAUAAGAAGCACACAAACUUUGCAAAAGAGUCACAUAGAAAAGAAAUAAAAUCAAAGCUGAGUCAAGUAGCUAACCAAUAUUUUAAAAAUCAACAUUGGAAAAUUGAUUACAACCAAAGGACCAUUAAAGAUCAUCUUCACUGGCACGCAAGACCAAUGCUGAUCGUUCCAAAGCUUUAA